CAUGAGCAUACCAUCAUUAAACGAUAUUAUUUCAAAUAAAGAACAUAUAAAAAAACUCAGAGCAUUCGGCGUGUACAAUAUAUGUCAAUUAAUCAAAGAAUGGCCAAAUAUCGCAAAAACUGUCGAGAUGAACGAUAAAAGAGUAUGUCUUGCUUCGAAACAAGCGCUAGAUAUAUGCUCGGAAAUUGUAGAAUCAGAAAUGCAGAAUGGAAUGGACGUUUAUAAUAGAGAAAUAAGUGAUAAAUUUCCAAAAACAAUUACAAUUAUGAAAGAACAACUGCAUCCAGCUGAUAUGGUUGAGAUAUGGGGUUCUGCGGAUGGUAGAUUAUCAACUAUCUGCUUGGAAGCUUGCUGUAAAAUAUCUUACAAUCUAAAAGAUUGUGUUGUAAUGUAUGUUCAUUCGAAUUCCCCAGUCUUACCGAUGCAAAUUGGAAGUAUUUGUAAAGAAUUUAUACCAGAAAGUGAUUUGAAAGAUGCUUCUCGAGCUCUGAUUAAGAACAUCCUAUUGAGUCACGUUAAUGAUAUUUACCAACUUCUCGAUCUUGUCUAUUGUAUAGCCAAUGGAGGAUAUGACAAACUAAAGUUUAUCUUUAUCGAUUGUAUCUAUCAAUUUAUUGCGGGAUAUUUUACUGUGGAAAGUGAACGAUAUAUAGAAAUCGUUCAAACUGUAAUAGACGCGUUGAGAACUCUGACAGCUUCUCGACGUAUAACUAUCAUUUAUACAAACCACUUAGUUAGAGACGAAAUUAGUGAUUCGGUAAAACCGGCAUUAGGAAAAUUAUGGGCUACACUGCCCACUAAAAGGAUAUAUAUAUCACCACCAGACGGCGUAUGUUAA